AAAUAUUCGCCUGCGGCCAAAAUUUCGACAAGCCACGCCUUCGCGAAAAAAAAAGAAAAGAAAACCAACAUCGAGGCCCCCUCACGAACAGCAAUAUUAUUCCCCCGGGUAUAAACAAACGAACACAAAUAAUAAUAAUAGGUCAAAAUUAUUGCUGAAGUUUAUCCAAAUAUGGCAACCAACUCUUUGGCCGAUCUCAUUGCGGCCUUACCUGAGGGUGAUGGAUGGGGUCCUCCUCCGGUAACCGAGACUACCCUCAAUGGCGUCCCCUAUGCCCCUUUCUCCAAGGGUGACAAGCUAGGUCGCAUGGCCGACUGGACGGCGGAUAGCAAAGAUGGAAGGGACGGACGCGGUGGUCGACAGCAGUAUAACCGCAACUUUAGGGACCAGCAGAUCUACGGUGCCGGUAGCGCCGCGCUCUUCACCGCUCCGGUUGCCGAGGAUGAGAACACAUUCUCCGUCGUUAGCAGAGAACCCACCAAGACCCGAUACGGCCGGGGCGCAGUCUUUACGCGAGGCCGCGGACAACGAGGUGCCCGACAAGACACGAGGGGUGGCCGCGUGGCGCUCCAGCGCUCUGGGCGUACCGGCCAGCAAACCUACGGAUACGACAGCCGCGGUGGUCGAUCUAACGCGCCUCGUGGUCGCCGCUUUGGUUGGAAGGACUACGACAAGCCGACUCGCAACCGCGAUGCCUCUAUCAACAUCAAGCCAGACUGGCAACUUCUAGAAGAGAUUGACUUCAACAGGCUGGCUAAGCUAAACCUAGACGGUGACGAAGGUGAGGAUAUGGAUAGCUAUGGUUUCCUCUACUACUACGACCGAUCCUUCGAUAAGCAACCUGUUAAGGCUGCCGAGAAGAGGCUCAUCCCUCUGGACCGUGCGGCUUACAAUGUCACAACCUCUUCGGAUCCCGUUAUACAGGAGCUAGCCGAGAAGGACGAAGCCACUAUCUUUGCUACCGACAGCAUCUUAUCUAUGCUCAUGUGUUCCACCCGCUCCGUCUACCCGUGGGAUAUUGUCAUUGUAAAGCAAGGAAACAAGAUUUUCCUCGAUAAGCGUGACAACGCGGCGCUUGACAUGGUGACCGUGAACGAGAACGCUGCCGACGCUCCCAUGGAAUCCUCCGACGGCAACAAGGAUAGCAUCAACCACCCAGCUGCUCUAGCCGAAGAGGCCACCUAUAUCAACCACAACUUCGCCAACCAGGUCGUGUUGGAGAACGAGUCUCAGAAGGUCGAGAUGGCGCACGAAAACCCAUUCUACAAUGCCUCGGAGGAAACCGAGCCGCCCGCAAGCAAGGCUUACAAGUACCGCCGAUUCGACCUCUCGACCAGCGAAGAGGAUCCGAUGUACCUAAUCGUGCGAACCGAGCUCGAUGCCGUCCAAAAGAACGCUAUCAGCGGCGAGGACCAAUUCGUAACUGUCAAGGCUCUCAACGAGUUCGACAGCAAGGCGCAAGGUAGCGGUGGUGCCUUGGACUGGAGAACCAAGCUGGUGAGCCAGCGUGGUGCUGUUGUCGCGACGGAGAUGAAGAACAAUAGUGUUAAGCUUGCACGAUGGACGGUGCAGAGCAUCCUGUCUAAGGCGGACGUCAUGAAGCUUGGCUUCGUCUCCCGUGCCAACCCCAAGUCGAACGACAAGCACGUAAUCCUGGGCGUUAUAGGCUGGAAGCCCAAGGACUUCGCCAACCAGAUGAACCUGUCGCUCUCCAACGGCUGGGGUAUCGUCCGCACCAUCGCCGAUAUGUGUCUCAAGCGCGAGGACGGUAAGUUCGUGCUCGUCAAGGACCCCAACAAGUCGAUCCUCCGACUAUACGAGGUUCCGGCCGGCAGCCUCGACGACGAGGGCGAGGACGACACGGUUCCGGAAACCGUUGCUGAGGAAGAGUAAGGGUGUUGUUGUUAACGUCAACGGCUUGAACAUGGGAUACCUUAGGUAGGUAGGUACCUAGAUUUAGAUGGAUGUGUGGUCUAGUAGUAUUUUUACUAGCGGACUAAUCAAGUCAAGUCACCCGAGUAGUUGGUCUUGAAAGUGAAUCAGCCUCGAGGUGAAUGCUGUUCUUAAUAUACUACUAUUACAUUGACUUGCGGCUUAUUGGUAUUUUUACUAAUCCAGCUUCGGUGUGGUAUUUCAAUCGUGAGAUGUACCUUGUAUUAUGACUUUGUGAGCUUUCCAUAUGAGUGAAUAUUCCACACCUACAGAAUAUUGUAUGACAAGAGCUCGAACAGUAAGGUAUGAGGUAUAAUACCUUAGGCUAGGUAGGAGGUAGGGUAUGAGAUUAGGGGCCGAG